AUCGCUUAUCAGUAUCCCGCUUCCAUAGGUUGUGAAAAGUGUCUAUGUGAUUUUUCGAGUGCCCAAUAAAUUUACGGACCGGGUCUAUCAGUUUUGUUUUGUUUCUUUUCACAAUCUUCAUUCAAUCCCUGUUAAACUUUUAGGGGAAAUAAAGUGAUGGUGAAAUAAUGCAAUGCUUGUUCCGGAAAAAUUCCAAAAUGACAAUUUUUUUCAAGCGGCUCUCCUAUUUGAUUCUAGCUUUCAUCUUCUACGGACAGACCUUUCGUCGAGUAACUGGUCAGUGUCAGGACUGGAAUUUACAGAGACUGAAUGAAAAUUCGGCUAUUUAUUUUAUGAACUCAUCAAUAAGCGAUGGCUUUAUUCUCAGCUGUUGGGUCUGGAAGGACUCGCGGAGUGGCGGUACAUGGGACACUAGAAUUCGAAUUGGACUCGACAAAGAAGGCUCCCGAGGCGGAGGCUUCAACUUCCGCGACAGUAACGGUCUGGAGACGUUGAGCUUGCGAUGGGUGGCGCUGCCGGGGGGAAACGUCACGUGGCAAGCCUCGACGAGAUCCAGCUUCCCCGUUUCCAGUUGGAACAUCUCCGCAUCCGGAUCCUCUUGGGGCUACUCCACCAGCAGCGACGGCCGCUGGUACUUUUUCAAGGACAAUAAAACAAUUGAACCAGCCACAAUGCCAAUUACAAAUGUUGUGUUAGUUGUUCCCCAACGACGGACGAGGUCUACAGACGCUCGGAAGCACUCGAGCGCCCUCUUCUCGAACGGACACCAGGGCGCUGGGUCGACCGAGUUCUUCGAGACUGUUCAGGCGAUUUUUUCGACGGUGCUCAGCACGCUGACGUCGACGAUCGCCAAUAUUUUCAACCUGGACUUCCUCGGCGGCGGCGACUCCGAUGACGGCGAGUUCACGCCUGAUCCAGACUCGGAGCCGGUCACCCCCGCAACUACAACCGUCACCACGACCACCAUUCCACUUGCUUUUGGGACUACCGGCAAAAGUAACGACAUCAGAAAAUUCGUCAAAUAAAAUCACAUUAUCCGAACCGAUCGCUGGAAAAAAACAGUCGCUUGGAUCUAGAAUCCAGACUCUUAAAAACAUCGACAAGAAAAAAUACUCUUGAUUCGACCGGAUUUCUGUUUAAAUCAAGAACCAC